AUGGCCAAGCAAUUUCUGGGUUUCCUUUGUCCUAAUCGACGCAAGCAUCGAGAACCCCACUUCAUAUCAGUUUUUGUUUUCGUGAUCACAACCGUAAACUUUGUGCUUUCUCAAACUUCAGUUGCUGAUUGCAUCCUCAAUAUUCAAUCCUCAUCGUCUUCGAACAGCUCAAGCUGUGAAGCGAGCAAUUGGGGUGGGUUCAUCAACAGCUGUUGCGGGGUAGUUUUUGAUGAGUACCUACAUGGAUUAGGGCGGCUAGCCAACAAAACCGGACAGAUAUACUUGAAUCCCAAAGAACAGAGAAACUGCCUGACUUCAAAGAAGAGUAUAGAAGAAAACAUUUCGGCCUGUGGCAUUGAAAAGUUAACCAGUGGAGGUGGAGCUGGCGGCUGCUCUGACUACACUGUCACAGAUGUUAUUGGUAAGUUAGGAAGUAGGAUGAAAAAUUUAGGCGAAGACUGUGGACUUUUGGGUUUAGAUGGAACAUCAGGUCAGGCUUGCAGUGAAUGUUUUGGAAGGUGGGAAGAGAUAGGUACAGCAUCAGAUAAUGGAAGAAAUUUGAUGAAGGUUGAAGCCAAUGUUUGCAGGUUUGCAGUAUUGGUAACAUUAACAAGUAGUAGGAUUGACGAUGAGAAAUGGGUCCGCGCAGUUUAUGACUGCCUUGGAGGGCAGGGUCACCUUUCCUUAGAUGAAGAGGGAGGCACAUCUAGUGAUGCUGUCAAGGGAAGCACAUCUAGUGAUGAUUUCAAGUCCAGCACAGGUCUACCAAUUCUAAUUAUUGGAAUAGUGGGAAUUGCAGUAAUAGUUUAUCAUAGCAACAUGCCUCUUGUUUAG